CGCGUUGUUGUGACGUCACGUCGCGUCGCGUCUGCGACGGCGGCUGAGGAGGGUCAAGGCGUCAUGGCGGCCGUUCCUGCGCCUUCCUCCGGAGCUUUGGUGCCCGUCGCCGCCGAGGCCGGCGCCGUGGUCAGGAGCAGGGAGGCCGUCCGACCGGCCGCCAAGCGUCCGAAGAAGAUCCUGGAUGAGGAUGCCUACAUCGAGAGUUUAGAGAAUAUUAUUCAGCGCGAUUUCUUUCCCGAUGUGGAGAAGUUACGGGCGCAAAAGGAGUAUCUGGAAGCUGAGGAAAAUGGUGACUUGGAGAAAAUGAGGCAAAUCGCUAUUAAAUUUGGCUCCUCCUUGGGCAAAUCAUCGCGGGACACACCUGUGCCAUAUGUUACUCCAGCCACGUUUGAAACCCCAGAAGUGCAUCCAGGUGGUCUCCCUCUGGGAAAUAAAUCCAGAGCUGGCACCCGAGCUGCAGAAGAAGGAGAAGCAGAAAAAGAUGAUAAAGAUGCUCUUCCCAAUCUGGACAGUUUCUUAGCAAAACACACGAGUGAAGAUAAUGCUUCAUUUGAGCAGAUCAUGGAAGUGGCCAAAGAGAAGGAGAAAGUCAAGCAUGCUUGGCUGUACAGUGCGGAAGAGGAGUAUGCCCAGAGACGAAAUGAAAACCUGGCACUUCCUUCAGCAGAGCAGCAAGCUCUGGAGAAUGUGAAAGCUGGGCUGGAGACCUGGGAGUACACUGCUAGAAACACCCUCAUGUAUUAUCCAACAGGUGUACCUGAUGAGGAGGACACAUUUAAGAAGCCCAGGGAAGUUGUCCAUCGGAACACUCGUUUUGUGAAAGAUCCAUUUAGCCAAGCUGUGAGCAAAUCACAGCUCCAGCAAGCUGCAGCCCUCAAUGCUCAGUACAAACAGGGGAAAGUAGGACCAGAUGGGAAAGAGCUGAUACCCCAGGAGUCUCCAAAAGUAAAUGGAUAUGGAUUUGUGACUACUCCCUCUCCUGCCCCUGGUGUGAAUGAGUCUCCUUUUAUGACAUGGGGUGAAAUAGAAACCACCCCUCUACGUCUAGAUGGAUCAGAAACACCAUAUGUGGAUCGCACCCCUGGACCAGCCUUCAAGAUCCUGGAGCCUGGACGUCGUGAGAGGUUAGGACUCAAGAUGGCCAAUGAAGUGGCAGCUAAAAAUCGAGCGAAGAAGCAGGAGGCACUUCGAAAAGUCACAGAAAACUUGGCCAGCCUCACUCCAAAAGGAUUAAGCCCAGCAAUGUCACCAGCUUUGCAACGACUAGUAAACAGGACUGCAAGUAAAUACACCGACAAAGCCCUGCGAGCCAGCUAUACUCCUUCUCCAGCCCACACAGGAACUCCUGGUUACAAGACACCAGCAAAUGGGCCCCAAACACCCACAACCACCCCACAGUCUAGGACAGUAUCUCAAACACCAGUAUCUCAAGAUACUACAUCAAUCACAGACAAUUUACUACAGCUUCCUAAAAGAAGGAAGGCAUCUGAUUUCUUCUAAAUAUUCUUGUCAUCAGCAAGGCAAUAGUGAACAGCCCAUGCUCAGCUGUCUGCAACGUGGAUGUUUUGAACCACCAGUAGUAAGAGGUAUCUAGAUUCAGCUGCCGGAGUGGAAGCCAGCCGUUUUUAAAUCUGGGACCAGAUCUAGACUAUGUAGCUGAAAUAGCUUGUGAUGUGCUUUAUGGAAGACAAGUGUCUCUUGCUGUGGUAUAUAACUUCCCUUUGAACUGCAUGGAUGUGUUACACAGGACUGCUGUAUCAUAAGGAUGCUUCCUGCAAUGGCAAAGAAGAAUCUGGACUCCUAGCUAAAACAGUGAUAAUUUUUUAAAUCUCUCUUUUUUUUCAGAUGGCUGUGCAUUUGAAUACAUUUCUAUACAAAUAUGUCUAUUUAUAAAAUA